GUGGGCUGAGCCUCUUGUCUUGAGCUCAGGAGCAGACUUGAAAGGCCUAAAGUAAUUCCCUAAUUACCACUAAAAAAAAAGUAAUUCUCUAAUUUAGCCCAGCAAAAAGGCUCCCCCACCUUUUUCAAAAAAAAAGGCUCCCCCACCGUUCCCGCGAGACAGCCUCGUACGUCGUGUGGCAGGCGUCUGAUGUGGGAGUGGGACGCCACCUCCCUCGCCGGCGCCCUCAAAUCCGCCGCCACUGGCCGUUCCACUCCCCAUGUCAAACCCCUCCACGCUGUCCUCCUCAAGCUCGGCCUGUCGGCGUCCGCCAUACUAGCUACCUCACUCGCGCACCUGGCACUCAGGUGCGGGCUCCCUGGUUACGCCCGCGCUCUGUUCGACGAAAUGCCCAGACGGGACGUGGUCUCCUGGACGUCCCUCAUUACCGGCCACGCUCACCAGGGUUUGCACGCAGAUUCUCUCGCACUUCUGAGGCGCAUGGUGGAAUCUGGUGUUGCUCCCAACGGGUACACCCUGUCCGGUGGUUUGCUCGCGUGUGCCGGGGUUGGCCAGGCCGCCCUUGCUGCCGGGAAGGAAAUCCAUGCCAGGGUUGUGAAGAUGAGUAUGUAUGGCCCGGUCGAUUCAGUUGUGGAUAACGGGGUUCUUGACAUGUAUGCGAGGUGCCGGAAUGUUGAAUAUGCGAGGAGAGCGUUUGGGGUGAUGGUGGCGAGGGACAUUGUUGCGUGGAACUCGAUGAUGGCUGGGUAUCUCGGGAGUGGUCAAGCUGAGGAGACUCUGGGCUUGUUUGCGUCAAUGGUUUCUUGUGAGGUUGGUGCAGAUGGCUUCUCGUAUGCCAUAAUUGUGGAUGCGUGUGGGGAGCUGGCGUUGUUAAAACAGGGGAUGCAAGUGCAUGCACGGGUUCUUGGUGCAGGAUUUGAUUCUGAUGUUGUUGUAAGGAAUUCCUUGCUGGAUAUGUAUGCAAAGUGUGGAUGUGUUGAUUCAGCAGAGCUUGUCUUCAAUGGGACACCUUCAUUAGAUGCUGUUUUGUGGACUACGAUGAUCUCAGCCUAUGGCAAGUUUGGUCGUGCACAAGACGCGGUAUGCUUGUUUGAUAGGAUGGCACGUUUGGGCAUCAAAAGAGAUGGAGUAGCAUACCUUGCGGUGUUGUCAGCUUGUAGCCAUGGUGGACUUGUUCGAGAAGGUUGGCACUACUUCAAGUUUCUGUUUGAUGGCCAAAGCUCGGUUAAGCUGCAGCCUGAGCACUACGGUUGUAUGGCAGAUCUAAUUUGCAGGAGAGGUCACCUAGAAGAUGCUCUUGAAUUCAUUGAGAAUAUGCCAUUUGAGUCGAGCAUUGCUGCUUGGAGUGCGCUACUUAAUUCCUGUCGAAUCUAUGGGGAUGCUAAGUUAGGUCAGCUUGCAGCGUCCCGUUUACUCGAGCUUGAUCCAGAGAACCACAGUAACUGGGUUGCUUUAUCAAGUAUACAUGCAUCGGAGGGCGAUUGGCAUGAGACAUGGAUGAUCAGGGAGAACAUGAACAGAGAGUGGGUGAAGAAAGAGCCUGGAUGUAGUUGGGUCGAGUUGCAUGAUGGAAUUCAUGUAUUUCUAAUGGCUGAUCAGUCUCACCCUGAAUUGGUUAAUGUACUGCAGACUCUUGAUUCUUUAAGGAAGAUAUAUGGGUGAUGCCUUCAAAACCAUAGACGAUUUUUGGUGAUGCUCUUUGAUCAGAGCUAUUUUAAAUCUUGUUGAACAGUGGACAUUGUCCUAGUUGGUUGUUUCCCUUAGAACUAGUGCUACUAGUGACGUCAAAUAGGCUGUGAGAUGAAAAUAUGUCCUUGGAAAUUUGAAAUUGCAGCAAGAGGAUAAGUAAGGUGAUACGCUCUGGCGACUUGCUUAUGUGUGUUUUGUAGAUUAUACUAUAUGCGACGGUUUUCAAGAUGGUGCUUUCAUUCGACCAUGAAGAAGUUUUCUUAUAUAUUGAAUUGUCGACACAGAUGGAUAUAUUGUUCGUUUAAAAUAGUAGGAUUUCAUCAAUGCAAAUAACUGCCUUUUGUUUUAAGGAAAAUCUAGUCAAGAAGGAGGUGCUUGAACAAGAUUGAAGUGAAGGUCCAGUUUCCAAGAUGGGCCAGGUUAAGUUCUUGAAGGAAAUGCUGUUUUCAAGCAGUGGCUAUUAAACUCUAAUCGGACGGAAUGCUAAGCGCAUGAUGGCGCACUUGCCAAUACCUGCAGAUGAGGCACUCCAGAGUACGCUGUCAUUUUUCAGAAAAAGGACAAACAUCUUCAGGCAUUAAUUGAUUUCCUCGAACACAUUGGAGUUCCCAAGCCAAGGAUUCCAUCAACUCUGCUGGCAUUUCCUCCUAUUAUCCUUUCUGAUGUCAAAAAGGAUAUCAAGCCAAGGAUUCAUGCAUGGGAGAAGGCUGGCAUAGAACAAGAGUAUAUUGGUCGGAUGUUGUUGAAGUAUCCAUGGAUUCUUUCAGCAAUUGUGAUAGAAAACUACAAGCAGACCCUUUUGUUCUUCAACAGAAAAAAAGUAACUGGAGGAAAAAAAAUCCUACUAUGCCAACAUGGCUUAAGAUAUCUGUUUUAUGCUGUAUUUGUUUGUAGUCUAUCAUAAUUGGAUAUGAUAGUGUUCGUAAAUCCGGUUUUUGAUUUCAGAUUUCCAGACAUUUCUUGGUAUCGCUGUCAAAAGUUGGCCUCACAUUCUGGGUUGUUCAACAACAAGAAUGAACUCAAUUCUGGUGCUGUUUGAUGAUCUGUGCUUUCCAUAUAAACUCCAUUUGUAGUGGAAAAGCCUCUUUGCUUAGCUUUAGCUCUUUCUUUUUCUUCUUUUGGGAAACAACAAUCAAUUGUCAGUAUCGUACAUGUUCCAUUAGGUUGACAUCGAUAACAGGUUUCAUCAUCAUUAUGUUUUGAGUUUUACAAUUUUGCAUUGUUGCCCAAUUAUUUCUAGGAUUAUGACUCGGGAGGCAUGAAUGUGUGGCCAAACCUCUAGUCCUAAAUUGUUGAUAUAGGUUCAUAGCAUACUUUCCUGUCAGUAUGUAGUUGUUCCACGCAGCAAGUCUUUUAGUUACAUUGUGAUCCAUAUCUGGGGAUGAUCUUCCAGUAACUCGCUAUCUUGGUACUAAAUCUGUUACCCCUGUGUCGCCCCUUGGACAAAGUUUGUCAUUGAGAUCAGUUAUCUUGAACGUUCCUUCUUUUCGUCUCAGUGACCAUGGCCAUAGUGUGACAUGAAGUUUUAUCUUUGCUCCUCAGGACACUAGUGCUUUGUUGGUAUCCUCUUGCACUGUUCAUUGUUUUAUUAGCCUGCCAAUUCUACAUAAAUAUCCUUUGUCCUGACAAAAGGUUGUUCCUGAAAAAAGCUUUACAAUUCCUGCCAUAGUAUCCCUUUUGUUCAGCUAUUUGCUGUAAUGGUUUUUUCUAAAGGCACUCUAAUGUUUAUCUCUUUUUGUUUCAUCAGGUUCUCAUGCACCAAAAGAAGCAACAAUAGACAAGCUGGAUGAAUAAAUUUCUUUCAGGUUCUCAAUGCUAGAUGACCAUGAUACCAAAAGAUGGAUACAUUUUUCUGCAUUAUCUUCGUUGCAAAAUGAUGUUGUGGCUGUGAUGAAUUGUUUGCUGCGAAAGAUUAUGUUGAUAUGAUAAAUUAUGAAUGCUGGGAUUUGGGGUUCAAAGUCAUGCUGCUAUGAUAAAUUAUGUUGUUGUUGUGAUGAGAUAUUGAUUUCAAGUCAUGCAAAAUUAUGUUGCUGUUGGGAAAGCUGUUGCUAAAUUAUGAGAUAUUGAUUUCAAGUCA